CUGUGAUGUAUAGAGUUUGUUAUAUGGUUUUUUUUAUACCAUAGGGAUGUUCUGCCACUUUUCCACAAGUGCCAGACGCAAAGUGGGUAGAGUCUUUGCUGGAUUUGGGCGUGCUCCUUCAGAUGCAUUGAUCUAACAUGUCACACACAUGCUCUGUUGACAAAAGAUCAAGAUUGUUAUCAUACACUGGGCAUUGUCUUGUUGAAAAAUUAAAUUGUGCUGAUUAGUGGUAUACAAACAGCAUGGCAGCAGACUGCAGAAAAAAAGGUUGUUAAUGUACCAUCGAGCUGUCAAAUUCCCUUCAAUGAUGACGUACAUACCAUGCAAGUUUUGCCUUAAUACUACCAUCACCAAACCUGUCACAGUCCACCAUGUGAUUAUCUGUCUAUUCUAACCUUCACUGCAACAUCAAAAAACACGCUUACAUCUAUCUGAGAGAUAAAGGGUGAAUGAAGACUUGUCAGAAUAGAGUUAAUGGCACCAUCUUUGUUUAGGAAACACAUUUGGACGGUGUUGUUGCAACUAUUGGAGUCUGAAUUCAUGUCGGUGAUGAUUAAGGGGCAUUCCCAGCAUGACGCGACUUGAUGUCAUAGGAGCAGAGAUGCCUCAUCUUUGUGCAAUUCUAAACCAGCAGUUGCACGAGAGCUGCAACCUUAUGAAACAAUCCUGACAUGGUAAUGGUUUUGUUACCUUGGCCAGUUUGAGGGCAGUCAGCAGUAAUACCAGUAGAUACACAUUUUGGAGACUAUGUGGAUAUGGGUAUUGCAGUUAUACAUUCAGAACAAGUCAGUGUCUGGGAUGGUCACAUAAAGGAAGGUCUUUUAAUUAAAUGAGUGUAGAAGAGGAGAAUGCACAAGGAAAACAAUGAUCUGCACGAUGAGGAGAAAUUGGACAGCGGUCAUCGGAGAGAUGACCAGGACCGGACCUCAAAGUAUGAUGUACCUAUAGACAGUGGUCAUCAGAGAGAUGACCAGAAUGAGACCCCAAAGUAUGAUGUACCUAUAGACAAGGGAUGGGCAUGGGUCGUUCUGUUCAGUACUUUCACUAUGGGACUUUUUGUCAUUGGAGGAGUGAAAUCCUUUGGUGUUUUACUGGUGGAGUUUGCCAGGGUCUACAAUAUUCCUCAGAGUCAGAUCACAACUAUACAGUCCAUCACAAGCUUCUUCUUCCUCUCACUGAGUACAUUUUCCAAUUGGUUGUGUGAGCGUUUUACAUACCAGAAGGUUAUAUUUGUUGGGGGCUUAUUUACAAGCUCUGGAUUGAUUCUGAGCUUCAUGGCCCCUUCUAUAGAAGUGAUGUACAUAACUUAUGGUGUCCUAACAGGUUUCGGAUUUGGUCUCACAUUUCCUCCAAGUGUUGUAGUCAACACCCGCCACUUCAACAAACGAAGAGGACUAGCCAAUGGCAUCAAUAUGGCUGGAGCUGCCCUUGGAGGAAUCUGCAUGCCUAUCCUGAUGCAGAUGCUGAUCGAUAAUUAUGGUCUGAAAGGUUGCAUGUUGAUUCUAGGAGGAAUCAUGGCUAAUAUUUGCCCCUGUGCUUUGCUCCUUAGGCCUGUGCACAAAUAUCCAAAAUUGGCACCAGAGGAGGUAGAACUCAAGAAAUUGGAUCCAAAUGGAUGUAGAGAAAAAGAUUUGAAUGAGGUGCAUUUCUUGAAUGAUGUCAUUGAAAUCACGGUACCGGAGGAUUCUAGUAAUAUGAAAGUUACGAGUGAACACCAAAGUGUGAAGUCGGGUGAAGUAAGGAUGAAAUUGUUAGACGAAACUGAGAGCCAAAAUCAAUCUCCAUUUUUGAGCAGACGACAAACCAAGACAUUAGAAAACAACUCGAUAAAAGCUGGCAUCGCAGGGUUAUCGACCAUAUCGCUAUCAUGCCAAAGUAUUCCGGUAGCACUCUCCACAGUUGAAGAGCAUUCACUGGGUACAUCCCAUGAAAAGCAGGCAACUGCAUGCUCUAAGUUUUGUGGAAAUUUGAACCUCAAUCUUUUCAAAAACUUCCAUUUUACGAUGUUUGUUUUUUCAUUUUUCUUCCUUGCCUACGCUUAUCACUCAAUCUUUCUUAUACUUCCAUCCUAUGGUAUUGAGCAAGGAUUCACUAGACACCAGAGCAUGUCACUUAUUCCCGCCUUUGGCGUGGCAGACGUUGUUGGACGCCUGAUAGCAGGAGUCAUCAAUGACAAGUGCGUUCGAUGGAGGAAGGAGAUAUUCAUUAUUUAUGCAGUACUUUAUAGUUUAGGAUAUAUUCUUACUCCACUGUUCUAUGAUUAUUGGUACAUCCUCUUCUGGUGUGUUUCAUUUGGGAUCUUUACUGGCGGAUACAAUGGGUCUUUUGUCAUCAUGAUUGUUGAUCGAGUUGGUAUGGACCUCUUACCAAGUGCUUGGGGAUUCUUAUGUGUGAUUGUUUCCAUUGCAUUGCUCAUAAAUCCAGUUUUAUCAGGUAUGGAAUAUUUCUUUGCAGAUACAGUGAAAGCUGCCAAACCUGGCACCUGUGCAAUCCUUUUCACUGGGCACUCCGACUUUUAUUUUCAUUCUCAAUUUUAUAUUUUCAUUGUUUUUACACUGUUUUAUAUAACAGUACUGUAUCACGACAAAAAAAAAUUGUCUCCCAGUGCAUGUCGGAUUAGACAGUUUUCAUUGUACCUUGUUUAAUGUAUGUAAAGUGUUAAGAAUCAUUUAACAUUGUUCAGUUUAGUAGUUAGUUUCUUUUAAAUGCUAUUUCAGUACAAUUGGAAUCAGGAUGGAGAGUUUUCUAUUAUGACAAUCAAUUGAAUGUUUUUAUUAGAGAGAGAGAGAGAGAGAGAGAGAGAGAGAGAGAAAGAGAGGGAUGCAAUCUUUUUAAAACAACUUUUUGAGUACUAGUUGGAACAGAUAUGCAUUGUUUACCACUUUUUUACUUGCACAGGAGGUUUGAAAGAUAUUUCUGGUACCUGGUCAACGUCCAUUUUGGUGGCGGCUUCCUUUUCACUCAUUGCUUGUGCUCUUCUGAUCCUAGAGGUCAUCAUUACCAGAAUACAGAAGAGAGGGACCACAGGAAAAAAGCCUCAGGAAUAGGGUUUCUGUCAAAAUGUGAAACAUAAGAUUUUGCUGGGUUUUCUUCUCUAUACAACAUUUAUUCAGGUAUAUAGUCAGGUUUUUACAUAACCCUUACAACCCAACCUGACCAGGGGGUACAGGGUUUUAAGAAUUUCAACCCUUUCACUCACACAUUCACACGGACUGAUAUUCAUGCUAAACAAAGCAAGAAAAUUGGCAAUGUACUUUGGCUGAGUUCAUGAAUAUCAUACUAUGAUAAUUAACAAUCAGAUGUAUGUUGUAAUACCAAGGUUGUUAAUAAAAAGAAUAGUACAUUAAACAAACUAUUGAUUGAAUAUACAUUUAGUAUAUACUCAUUUUUUGCUGUUGUACUAGUUAUGUCACACGUUAAAUAAGGUACAAUGGUUUAUGACUUUGUUUUUGCCCAUCUGUUAUACUGUAUACUUUUCUGGUCAAAAUUGCCCCUUACAUGACCCUUAAAGUUAUUAUAUAUUUGUUUGUGCCAUAAAGGAAAGUCUUUUUUUUUUUUAAAGUCGGUGCUUAAUAAACCUUCUCAUGAACUGCGGAACCAGAAAAUAGCCAAAACUUAAAUGAAGGCUUAUGCUUGCUUGUAUGAUGAAGAUUAAAAUUUGUCAAAGACAACUGUCAGAUUGUCUGUCCCCAGUUUUUCAAAUUAAAACAAAUCAAACUUACUUUAUAGAUGUUAACAUUGCCACUUUUGUUGCACAUGUAUUAAUUACGAGGGAUAAAUUGUAGAUUACUUAUUUGUUAAAUUAGAUUGAUGGUUUAUUUGUUGAUUAUAAGAUUAUCUUUAUUGAUUACUAGCUUUUAACCUGUAUCAAUUGUAGCUAAAGUCAUCUGGAGGAUGUCCUCCACUUCAAACAGGGGUGGGAGGAAUUUGGGAACCCCCCCCCCCCCCUCCUUCCCCUGUUCAAGAUUUCCCACAGGAAAUUCUCCAGAUUACAGCCUUUUCUGAAUUUCCUUUUUAGGGGUUGUAUACUGUUCCAAGUCCCUGCACUUUUAGUAUAUACAUUUAAACAUGCUUAACUUAUGGACAUGCUUGUAACAAAUUCAUGACAAGUGAUAUUUUUCCCUUGAUAAAGGUAAGUAAUGAAAAUUUUAAUGGUUAUAGUCAAUUUUUGUGAAUACAAACUGCUUUUAGCUGGCCCAGGAGGUUCGCUAUAAGAGUCUUUUACUGUAAGUGAUAUUUGGGCUUUGAAAGAAAAUGAACAACAACAUUAACUUAGCGAUGAAAUCAGAUUUGUUCAACUUGUAUUAAAAGGAAGAUAUCAGAGGUUUAGAAAUUAACUAAACCCAAUGUUGUAUUGAAAGGAAGAUAUAUGGUCAGUUUAGAAAUUAAUUAAACCCAAUGUACGUUGUAUUGAAAGGAAGAUAUGAGUGGUUUAGAAAUUAAUUAAAUCCAAUGUUCUAUUGAAA